GAGGGGCUGAAGUUCUACACCAACCCCUCCUACUUCUUUGACCUGUGGAGAGAGAAGAUGCUGCAGGACACAGAGGACAAGAGGAAGGAGAAGAGGAAACAGAAGUUGCAGGACCCCCACCUGUAUGAUCAAGUCUAUAGGUACUUAGACCUCCCAGGACAGGUUAGGGGAAACGACCGUACUCUGGAGACUGAGAAGAUCCCGCGGGCACCUCACGACCGGAAGAAGGAGUGGCAGAAACUGGCGCUCGGGGCGGAGCUAGCUGAGGACGACCCUGAAGAGGCCCUGAAACACAGAGAGCCUAAUGGCUCCGCUCCCUACCACGACAGGUCUGGAGCUCCUAGUUACUUGGAUGGGAUGGACGGGCCAUUCUCCCUAGCAGCGCUGCCCUACAGCCAGAUGAAUGAGCUGCUGAACCGCCCUGGGGACAGAAUGUACACACGACCCCAUGACCCCCCACCACCACCCCCUAUGCACCAUCUGGGAGACAUCAAACCCCCCUCCAUGAUCAGCUCCAGUUCAGGUUUUUCAGACAGCAGACCCCAAUCUCCAGCACAGACUCACGGCUUCAACUCCAACACACCUCCCCCUCCGCCACCUCCCUUGCCCCCUCCACCUCCUCCCUUGCCUUCCAUGUCUGGUUUUGGCCCUCGGGGCACCCCUCCUCCUCCUAUUCCUCCUCUACCCAUCCAGCAGCAGCCCCCGGCCAUCCCCCCUCCCCCUGCACCUCUCCAGAUCGCCCCUGGCGUCCUCCACCCUGCCCCUCCCCCAGUGGCACCUCCCCUCCACAUCUCCUCCCCAGCCCGUCUCCAGCAGGUCCUGGACAGGGGCCCGACCCCUGGCCAAUCAGAUGGCACCGUGCUGCCUCCUCCGCCCCCUCCCCCACCCCUCCCAGGAGUACGGAGCUCCUCCCCCUGCCCGCCGGGCCCACCCCCCGUGCCUUCCUUCCUGUCAGGUGCCAUGGCGUCCCCGCUCUCUCACUCCGGGGGGAAGAAACACUCCGCCAACCUGCCGCCCAUCAGCGAUGCACGCAGUGUCCUAUUGGAGGCCAUCCGCAAAGGUAUCCAGCUCCGGAAGGUGGAGGAGCAAAGAGAGCAGGAGGCAGCCAAACACGAGCGUGUUGGGAACGACGUGGCCACCAUCCUGUCCCGACGCAUUGCCGUCGAGUACUCCGACUCAGAGGACGAGUCCGAGUUCGACGAGGGAGACUGGAUGGAGUGAAUGAGAUGGAGGGAGAGGAAAAGAAAAGAGAGGGGGACAAAAGGCAAAACUGUCACCCAACUGUACCCCCUUUAGAGAUGUCAGAAUCCAUCCUUACAACCACUAUCCUCUGUCAGUCCUGUUUUACCCCCUCACCUGUUAUCCUCUAUACCUCUCUCUCUCUCUCGCCCUCUUGCUCUCUCUCCCCCUCUUUCUCACUCCCCAUUCUAUCUAUCCUCUCUCCCCCUAUUUUUCCUCCAUCUCUCUCUUUUUCUCUCUCUACACAUCCCUCUCUUUCUCUCCCUCUCUACCUCUCCCUAUUUCUCUCUCCUCCCCCUCUCUCUUUAUACUCUCCCUUUCGCUCCCUCUUACAUCUCCUUCUCACUUUCUCUCUCUCCCUUUGUCCCUCUUGUUCUCUGUCAUAUACUGUUCUUGGUGUGUUUGUAGGAAAAUAUCAAUUUCAGUUGUUUGUUCCCCAUGUUCUGGUCGGGAAAUGUUUUUGUACUCAUUUUCUACACUACUACACAUUGUUCAGUGGCUCAUGUUAUUUUCCUUCUUUAUCUACCAAUUGUAUGAAAUCCUCCUCAUGUACAGUUGUUUAAAAAAUGAACGUUAACCAAACAGUUUUUUUUGUUUCUGAUAACCUUUUAAAGAAAAGCUAUUAACAACCACAAUUUUUUUCCCCCCUUUGUUUCUUGCUGUUGAGUGUCAACGUGACGAGGUGGCCUGAGUCUUCUGUCCUUAGUUCUGAUACUAUCCUGCCACCUGGUGGGCCAAAGUGUAAGUGAAUUGAUUCUGUAUUUUAUUAUCUCUAUUUUGAGUUUCUUUUCUUACAGAAAAACACUUGCCGUUUUUAAAUGGGCCUGUUGUUGCCAAUAUGAACCACUUGAAGGAUGGUAGCCAUCCUGAAUAUCAGUCGGCUGUGGUUGUUUGCUGAGGAGAUUUAUUGGAGUCGUUGUUUUUAUAUUAUCAGGAUUUGACUUAUCACCUCAGAACAAGGGAAUAUUGUGAUGAUGGUAUGAUAUGUUAUGUGAUGAUUGUUGUAUGAUUGUGAUGAUGAAGAUAAAGAAGGAUAAUUGUGAGACAUUAGAAGGAAGUUAUUGAGUGAUCCGAGCUAAUCUAUGUUAAUCGUUCCCUUAUGUCACCCAAGGACUUGUCUGUCAAGUUUAGGCAAAUGUUUUAUUAUCUGAGUAUGUGUGUCCUCAAAGAGCCACCGUAAUGUAUCUUGGCAGCAAGGAAGUGUCAUGAAGUUUGGAGCCAUAUGGUAUACUAUACUAGACUAGUGUCUGACCAACAGGAACCACUUUACAGUAGUGUCUGACCAACAGGAACCACUUUACAGUGGUGUCUGACCAAUAAGAACCUCUUUAUUGUAGUGCUGACCAACAGGAACCACUUUAAAGUAGUGUCUGACCAAUAAGAACCUCUUCAUUGUAGUGCUGACCAACAGGAACCACUUUACAGUAGUGUCUGACCAAUAAGAACCUCUUUAUUGUAGUGCUGACCAACAGGAACCACUUUACAGUAGUGUCUGACCAAUAAGAACCACUUUACAGAAUGGAUAUCAAAGGCAGCUUAUUUCCCAGGGUCCCCCACUCUGUGUCUGCUGACUAACAAGAAGCCUUACCUCGUUGGACUCUAGAACACUAACAGUUACUAUGAAGAAUAUAAAUAUAUGAACAGCAUGGGUCUACCUGUGUUUCUGCUGCCCAAGGGGGCGGGACUCUGGAGAGAAAGAAUGAUUUAUCUGCCUUCAUUGCCCCCUUUGAAGAAGAUGAUGCCUGCCGUCCUUUUCUUUCUCUCUUCCUUCUUUCUCUCUUUCUACUUUCUCUCUCUUCAACUUGCCUUAUUGUUUGUACAGACGUAUUGUUGAGUUCAUGAAUGUAUCGUGCUGUUACUACUUUUUGCCUGCACUCGUAUGGAUUAGCUGUUUCUAUGUUUGGGGACGGGGAAACCGAACCCUGGGUUCAAAAAAUAUCAAACCGUGUAACAUGUAACUUAUGUAAUUGUAACAGUUUGCUUGACUUAAUAAAAGCUAAUGUUAUGUUUCA